AUGGAUCCAUUUUCCAUUGUCACUGGCGCUGGGGGGCUGGUGUCUCUCGGCAUCACGGUUUGCAAUGGGCUCAUUAGUUAUUGUGGAAGUUAUCGAUCGCGUGAAGAUGACAUUACCUCCCUCCAGGGAAACGCGGAGCGGUUACGAAAACACCUCGAAGUCCUCGACAGACAGCACCUUGGAGUCGGUCUUCCGCCCAUGUCACCGAGUCUCAAAAUUUCCAUGGACGAGUGUGUAGAGGCUUGCAAAACCUGUCUCGACGGCUUGAGUCGACUGAGCGACAAAUACUCGCCACCAAUGACGGGUUCACUCCAGAGGUCCCGCACCAGCUUGACACGCAAAAUAUCAUUUCCGUUACAGAAGGACAAGUUUGAGUCCUUCAGAAAGCAGAUUAAUCAGCUGCACGUUACACUCUCUUUUCAGGUUGGGCUGUUGAAUUACGAUGCUAUGAGAAACCUGCGGCAAGAGACUUUGUCGGAGUCUCUGAAUCUCUCGUCGAUUAUCUCUGCUCAAGGUCAAGAUAUUCAGGAACAGAUUGCCGCUAUGGUCCCCGACUUGUCGCAGACGCUUGAGUCUGGACUUGCGAAGAGUGAGCAGUCUCUUCAAGCUCGAAUGGACAGUCUAGAAACCAUGAUCAAAGAUUCUUUACGCAUAGAAGAAGCUUUUCCCGAUUGCGCUCAAAGUAUCAAGGACUCUAGUACAGCCUCGACGCUUCCUCAAGCUUCUACGAAUGAAUCAGAACUCAUGACCAAGAUCGCAAUCGAGUACUCCCAAUACGCCUUCUUGCGCAGUCUGCACAUCCAGCAUAACUUCACCAUCCGAGCGACAGUCCCUCAAGGCUCCCCGGCUUUUGACCUGAUAGAUGGUAUCACGUUCAACAUGGGCAGCUAUUCCACAGUACAAUCACUGCAACGAACCCUUCAGUCCUGUCUCCGGGGGCUUCAGCGUCUGUUCAUGGAAGGUCGAGCAUGGCCUACUGAUAUUGAAGACAGCACUGGAAACAAUUUACUUCACGUAGCCACCAGCGCAUUUUGGCAUUUUAUGGCCGACGAAAUGAAAGAGAUCUAUUCUCAAUUUCUUCAAACACUGGUAGAAUUCGGUGUCCCAUUAAAAGACACGAGUUGCUUAAACGAGACACCAAUUGCCAUUGUACUACAAAGACUAGCCAGUAGGGAAAAGAAUGACUUUUCGGGCUUUACGGUCGCCACAGGACUGGUGAAAAGCCUUUUGGAUCUCGGUGUCGAUGUUCUGGACAUAAUGCCACUGCGAACAUUUGGACCAUCGAUUCUUCCAAUAGUCGGGCAUGGGAUGUUUGAAGAGCAAGGCACCAUGGACCAGGGAGAACUGUCCCGUGCUCUGCUAGAGAAGUGGGACACCCAGGUGUGUGACAUUCUCGCACGCAGCGACGCCGAAAGAUACCUCUUGGCAAGGGGUAAAGUGGGUGAAACCCCAUUGCAUAUUGCAACAUGUUGGCCUCGAGGCAUGGAGCUGCUUCUGCAGCUGGGAGGUGAUACUAUCACCGGCAUCAUCAAUGCCGAAGAUGACGACGGCUCCACGGCCCUGGACUACGCGCUCAAAUUGGUCGAGCCUGAAUGUGUCAGCAUGCUCUUGGAUUCAUCUGCUGAGAUGGAUUUGGAAGUAAUUCAAAACAUCGCGAAAUGGGAAACGACUCCGGGGCGAUUGACCGUUGUCCCCGUAUUGACGCAGGCUCUCGCGGCGCGUCGCAAGAAGUUACUGAGCCUCGCGAAUGACACACUCCACGGAAGCAUGAUCCUUGAUAACCUGAGCCUCAAUAAAGAGGACUUAAUACAGGAAGAUGCAUUUGAAGUGAUUAAGGCGCUAGACGAGAAGGAAAUCAGCGUGCCCAAGGAGUUCCGGAGCGUCCAACCAGGAUCAGUCUACCACUGCGCAUAUAUGAACAAUGAGACUGCCGAGUCACUUUUCCGCGCUGGAUUCAGCCAUACAAACGUCGAGCUCAUCGGACUCACCCCGCUGAUGAUAAUAGACUUCGUCGGCCUUAGCUAUCGAAACGACAUGAAGCUCAUGUGCAGCAGUAGCGCGCUAGGUCUUGUUGAAUGGUUUCUGAGCCAUGGAGAAGACCUGAGCAGGCCAAUACCAGUAAAUGCUAUCACCCGAAAAACAGCGAGCAAAGGCAAUAUUUUCAGGAGAGUCAGCCUGGUCCACCGCAUCGCUAGCGAAAUGGGGCGGAGCUUGCGAUAUGCAGCAGCCUUUGGAAGUGAACGGUAUACCGCGAUUUCACAGCAAAUACUAACUUCGUCGGUUCUGGACCCAUGUGAGUGUCUCUGCACGCAAAGUGGCUGCUCUGCCGCCUCAGUCUUCUCCCGAGAAGUGUGGAAAGUCUUCAGUGGGGCCACCCCGGCGGAAAAGUUGUCUGAACUUGACCGGACGACUUGGCGAAUCACCAUGGACCUUCUGACGAGCAGACUAUCCGAUCACUCAGGAGCUCGUCAAUUCGCGUCGAGUUUCAUCCGUGUCAGCACUUUUGAACGACUUGGCAUGAGCCACACGUGCUGCAGAUACGUGGAAAAUAGUGGAAUGUACGAAGGUCCUAAUGAUGGGGUGGCCCUGGCGAUCUUGAGGGGAGAGUACAUAGUCGUCGAGAUGAUGGACCCUGAGGAUGGAGCUGAGAUCCAAGAUGAGGAGCGAUAUUUGGCGGAACGACUUGAGGAACUUGUGCACGAAUUUGAUGUCAAGUACGAGGAGCUAGGCUUGUCUCUGGGCGAUUUCUUCUGGUCGUACUGGUGGAUUCGCAUGAACGAGGUUGAAGCCGAGGACAAGGUUUCCAGGGAGGAAUUAGUGGCACUUCGGAAAACGGGUGUUAUUCUGGAAGAUGCGUGA